AUGUUUAAUCGAACCUUUCAAUUCAAUGAUGGGUUAAAAACGUCUGACCAGGAAUUGUCCAAAAGGACUACGAGAUCAACGGAGGCUAAAAUAGGUCCCCACUUUGUGGUCAAGACCCACGCGGUCAAUACAAAUGCAUCACGAUCGGUGUACAAUUGGGAGGGGGGUCCAGCUGGGGAUGGAGUCCCUUCGCGCAAAAAUAUUCCAUACAUCAUGAUAUCAUCUCCGGAGAACAAUGAGAUUGACAAUACGACGUCACGGAUAGUUGAUGCGAUCACAUGGGAACGAACAUUUCCGAAUUUUGUAUCGCUUAAUGGGCAGAUAACAUACUUUCCAGUUCUAGCAUAUCAAAGCACAUUUAUGGCAUACCAAAAUGACCGACUUGCAUUCUGUUCACGGUUUCCGCACUAUUCAAAGGACAGCUUACGGCUUCUACCUCUUGGCAUACGAAAAGCUUGUACCACGCAAAAUGACCUAGAAGGGCCGCGGCCAAUCGUAUACGGCGGGACCAGAUCGACCAUAUGGACUACAUUCUUGGUGCGACAGCUGCAGCCUGGAUACGCCAAAGUUUGGAGAAGCAAGGAAAUCGGUAGUUUGGGGCCCACCUUGAUUCGUUCACCAUUUGCGAACGGGCCGACGUUCCUUGGAUUCGGGUUGGCUAGUAGACUGCUGUAUUCAUAA